AUGACACCCACGAAGCAGGUCGUGUCGCGUCGCAUCGCUCUCGACGUCGUCCCUGUUGAUGUGCUGUUCAUGGCUUUUGCAGUGUGCACUCAAAUCAACAAUUGCAAAGUGGAAGACUGCAGCUCGAAAACUGACGAAAAGUGUUUUCAGUGUUACGACGUGCACACAGAUGUAAUAGGAAAAAGAGCUUAUUUUAAAACAUAUGGAGGAGCCCAAUGUCUAAAGGCCUGUUCCUGGCGAAGUGACAGCACACGUUGUUAUCCAGGAACCUGUACGGGGGACGGUUUGGUUGAAAACUGUGUUUGUGCAACUGGAUUUUAUGGUUACCACUGUGAAAAAAUUUCAGACAAACCUAACCUAUAUGACGAACUCUUCACAGUUGCAGACACCAAAUAUGUCACCGAGACACCAGUGCACAACUCGGGCGAGACCACGUCAUGGUCUAACAUCGAAUCACCUUCGAUCAUAUCGUACAAGUUUUCUUCAGAUUUUCAAAAAGGUGGAGUCACGUCGCUUGCCUAUAUAACUGGAUCAAAGAUUGGCAUUAUUCGUGGCAAGAUUACUUUCAAGCUGAAAAGGGGCGGAGCUGUUGUAAGAACAGAAACAAGAUCAUGUCCGGGCGUGGACAAAAACAACCCAGAACAGAAUCGGUUUGAGUGUGCAGGGAGUUUAUCUCCAAAUAACCUGUUUGGCGGCAACAUAUUUUUACCUACACGGCUUCCAUUUCAACACCGUGAUCAGGUUACAUUUUAUACAGAAUCAGAGAAUGGCGGUUAUGUGGAUGUAAAGAACUUUAUGAACAGUGCUGUAUCACGUUUCUACCUGGCAGGUAAUAUAAUAUCCAGCGAUUUUUCAAUCAUCAUGGACUACAUAAAACCACACCACACUUGUAAUCCGCCGAGCUCUUGUCCAGACGAUGUGUUGUCAGUACCAGAUGUUAUCAUGACGUCUCCCAUUAAGAUCAGCUGGGACAGAUGGGUGGACGAUGACUCUGGCAUCAGUCAUUACGUAUUAGAAGUGUAUGAACUCAUACAUAUUGAAGGUCAAGGACUGAGGCAAAAUGCACGAAUUUCGAACAACAAAAUCACAGAUAAACUCUUUACCUACCAACCUCCAGAAUCUGGUAUUUUUGCCGUGGUUCUGGCAGCUUUCGAUAAAGCGAACAACUAUGAAAAAGCAAGAAGGAUUGUCAUAUUUGAUGACUCGUCAGAGGUUUCCACGAAAGCGAACACCAGACUUCUUGUAACAUCAGCAUCACCAGAGACAGACUACAUAUGGCAAACCACAGCAGACUCUGUGACUGUGACCUGGAUAAAGAGAUACCUUAAUGCAUUCCAUGAAAAUAACCAUAUGCUUGAUCUCGUUUUGUCUGGAGGAACGUCUCCAGCAUAUGAUGACAACGAUGGACUGCGGACCAUAAACAGCAUUACAAAUAAACAGGGUAUUGUAAAAUUCACGACAUCAUACAAGAAAGAUCAUGAAGGUGGUUCAACAUUCACAUCAAGUCCUGUUAAUAAUGAUUUCACUGAUCAGAGUCUGUCAGAGACUCAGACUGUAAGACCAACACUGGAGGAUGGUGACACCUUGAUGUUCUGGGUGAGAGCCUACGAUGUUCGAGAUAUGUACUUUGAGGAGAAUGUUACUGUACACAUCGACACCUCACCACCUGUAAUAGAAAACCUUUGGCUGACGAAAGUAGAUCGACUCAAUAUCAGUGUACAUGAUGUCGAGGAAUUCAACAAAAUUACCAUUGAGUGGAUAGCUUAUGAUGACCACAGCGGACUGGAGACAGUGUCAUGGCGACUGUUCGACAACUACACUGGUGUAAACAUUGUUCAUGGGCUAGAGCAUAUUGUAGCACAAGGUGGACUUCAGUCUGUCGAAGCUUGUGAAAAGAAAUAUGGAAGUUAUGCCAGGGGAGCUAACUGCUACUGUACUCCAUACGUUGGAUGUUUCCACCGUCACUUUCAAGUAAAACCUAUAGUUGUGGCGGCAGGAAAAGAAGAUGGGGGAGUGUUAAAGGACAAACAUUCGGGAGUUCAUGACUCAGACUAUUACCUUGAAGUGACAGUCACCAAUCAUGCAAACCUAACAACCAUGAUGGAUUUUCAGAUAACAAUUGACAGCAGCCCUCCUCUCGGGGGAAUCGUCCAUGAUGGUCCAACUGGAGAGAGUGAACGAGACUACCAAAUUUCAAAAACUCUGUUUGCCAACUGGGAAGGAUUUUUUGAUAAAGAAAGUGGAGUAGCGUUCUAUCAGUAUUUAUUUGGAACAUCUUGCAAAGUGAUUUCUGCAUUUUCCAGUGAUUUAACAAAAACACAGGCUACAGAGACCUACUCUACACAGGCUGAGUGGGAUGCUCCAUCAGACGAGAAGUAUUAUGUAACAGUAGUUGCGUACAAUCCGGCGAUGGCUCCUUCUCACCCAGUGUGUUCAGAUGGAGUUGUUGUAGAUUCAUCACCACCUCAAGUGACUGAAGUGGCCAUUUUGGAUUCACGUAUUGUUGGAGGGUUGGUAAAAUCUGGAAGUGAUGUCUGGUUGGUGAGAAACGACAGGCGAAGGCUUCUUGUACAGAGUCCAAACAACGAAUGUCUAACAAAAGCAACAUCAGUGAGUGAUGUUUCACAUCUCCCAGUUUAUAAGAUGGAAAAUGGAGACACCAUGACAGUUGAUACAUCAGUUUGUGUUCAAGAAAAUGGAAUGCCGACUGGUUUCGUAGACAAGAUGUACAUCUUUAAAGAAUUUAAACUGCACAUGAAUUGGUCCGGAUCCGAUCCUCAGAGUGGAAUAUAUGAUUAUGAAAUUGGUUUUGCAUCAAGUAAAGACGGCGCUGCCUCUCCUGAUCUCAUGUCAUUCACAUCUACACACCACCAUGAUCACGCUCAGCUAUUUCAUGAUAACGUCAAUGCAGGAAGAGAAUUCUUUGUGAUCAUUAAGGCAAUCAACAAGGCUGGAAACUCUGGCAGUAAGGUGAUUGGCCCAGUGAUUGUAUUAACUCAAAAGCCGACCUUCAAUCCACCAAUAGAAGUACUUCUCCAAGAAGGUCAUCUGGUUGCAGAAUGGUCACCAACAACAUUCACUGAUGUGGAAGCCAAGUAUCUGAAGUAUUCAUUUGCAGUUGUUUCCACAGGACACUCAGCUGGUAGUGAAGAAACCCAGCAGUGGUCUGCUUUAAAAGCUGGUGGAGGGUGUGUUAUUUCUUCACCACCUGUUUGUACUGCCAUUCCUGUGUCGGAUCUACAGUUCGGUCUUCACCAGAAACACACUUACUUUGUCUCUGUCCAAGUGGAAAACAUAGUCGGUCAACACAUAGUGGCUGCAUCGCAGCCGUAUGUACACAACGAUGAACUUCCACAUGCUGGCUUAGUCUAUGAAGUAAUACCAAGUGAUGAAGUGGAGAUAUUGGACACACUGCCAUUAGAAGACAGUGACCACCAACUUUCUUCAAACAGCCUGAAAGUUCGGUGGUUUGGAUUCUCCGAUGAUCUUGACAGUGUUACAUACAACGUUGGCUUGGGAACAACAUCUGACAGGGAUAAUAUCGUACCGCUUGUUAAUGUUGGCAGCAAAACACAGCACACAUUUACAUCUCUCAGUCUUAGUGUUCACCAGCAAUAUUAUGUGCUGGUUGUGGCCACGAAUAAAGCUGGAGACACCCGGGUGUCGUCUGAUGGAUUCCAAGUAGUUGUGAAUCGGACUGUGGUGUCUGAUGUUGUCAUCAAGGAUGGUCCAGUUUGUGUGGCAACAGACGCAGUGGAAUGGCAUCCAGAGCAUUAUGAACAGAUUCCGGAACAGCUGUGUCUGGAUGAUAUAUCAUACCAGGCUUCAACCACAGUGUAUUUUGCUCACUGGACGCGUUCUGCAAAGUCCAAGUCCCUGUAUCCUGAUGCUUAUUGGAGUCUGCAAAAGAAGAACACCAAACUAGUUAACGGUUGGGACAUCGUCCGUGACGAUGAGCACAUAUCAUCUGCUGAUACCAUAACUGCUGGAGGUGUAGAUUUAGAACCUGGUGACACGUACAGAGCUGCUCUUAAAUUUUGUGUUGGCAAAGUUUGUACUGAACCAGUUUUCAGUGAUGGCGUCAUAAUAACAGCACGACCACCAAGAGCAGGACACGUUAUAUUAAAAUAUAAAGAAGCUUCUAGUGUAUCUCAGGUAAAACGAAAUUUAAGUCUGCGUGUGUGUGUGCGUGCUUACCGGCAUGUGUGUUUCAAAUUGAUAGUGAAUCUGCCAAAAGCACAUACUGUGUCGCAAACAAACACAGAAAUUUCAUUCACUGUCACUCUCACUGGUAAGCUGGACUUCAGAAAAUGCAGACGUCUUGCCAUCAGAGGAUUUAACAAAGUUGGACUGUCCACUACUAUAUCUGCUGAUGUGAAGAACUGUUCCGCAUUUGAUCCAGCUCUAGUUGUGCCAGCUGUUGUUAUUGAUGUUUUAGGAAAAGAUGACGGUAAUGGCACGAUUACAGGAGUGAUAUUAGAACAGAAUGCCCGCUGGUUUCAAGAUGAUGUUGACUAUACACCUUACUCUAACAUGCUGUCUGCCGUGUGGCCCACUCUGAGACACAGAGACUACACAUGGGCAGUGGUGGAGGGAGGGCCAAUAGAACCAGCAGCUCACUACAAGCGAGAACCACUGAUGACAACAUUCGACCCUUGCAAGUGUAAUAAGACAGACAAAGAAUAUAUAAAUGUUCCAUUUAAACUGGAACGUGGAAAACAUUACUACAUAUGCAUAUACGCCAAAGAGAAAGUUUUAAAGCAUGAAAAGUGGACGGAGCUGCUACCAGAAGUAAAGGAAUGCAGUGAUGGUGUUGUCUUGGAUCUGACAAAACCACUUGGUGGACGUGUGUGGGUUAACGGGCUGACACACAAACAGUACCAGGCUUCUCUUUCUGAAGUUGAAAUUUCCUGGGAUGCAUUUAGUGAUGUGGAGGAAAUCAACAAAAGACUUCAUCAGAGUGGUAUAGCGGAUUAUGAGUUGGCCUUGGGCUCCGUUCCUGGAGCUGGUGAUGUUGUCAGUUUCCACAGUGUUGGGUUGAUCAAUCAUGUGACUUUACACGGUUUGAAAAUGCAGAAUGGGCAUACAUUGUAUGCCACAGUGAGAGCUAAGGAUUUUGUAAACCUGACGACAACUGUUGCUUCCAGAGCUUUUAUCGUAGACAACACAGCUCCUCUAGUGACAACAAAUCAGAUGACUGGUUUUGGACGUUUUAUUACGUCAUCGCAAAUACACGUCUGCUGGGUUGGCGUGUUUGCUGACUAUGAGAGUGGAAUCAAGAGUUUCUUGGUGGCUGCAGGAUCUAGACCUGGCUAUGAUGACAUCAUAUCAUUCACUCACACCAGCGACACGUGUAUCAACCUGGAUAGCACCAACAAGCAGCAGGAUGGGCACAAAUACUACAUCACUGUCAAGGCUUUUAAUGGAGCUGGACUUUACAAGCAAACAGUGUCUCGUCCAGUGGUGACUGAUUCUUCUGCACCUCAACCUGGUCACGUCUACGACGGUUCCAGGACAGAAGACAAAGAUUACAUCACCAGUCUGUCAAUGUUUGCUGCAUACUGGGGAGGAUUCAGUGACCCUCAUUCAUUUAUCAAUAUGUACAAGGUGAAGGUCGGAACAUGUUCUGGUUGUGAUGACCAUCUGGAAGAAUUUGAAUACAAUCUCAAUACAGAAAUUAGCUUAAGUCACACAGCUCCUGCACAUGGAGUUACAUACUUUGUGACUGUCACUGCGUGUAACUCCGCCUCCCUCUGUACCAGUGUCACUUCCGAUGGUAUUAUCAUAGACAGCUCUCCUCCAACAAAAGGACACGUAAUGGAUGGACUAGGAUCAACAACAACACAGUUCCAAGCUUCACAAACAUUUGUUGGAGCCAAGUGGCAUGGUUUCCAAGACCCACAGUCUGGUCUGGCUUACUAUGAAUGGAGAGUUGGGACAUCUCCUGGUGGUAGUGACAUCUACAGUGCACUGGUACCUCUAAGAGAAUAUGCAUAUGCCACUGUAUCUCUCCCAUCAAAUAAAAUGAUAUACACCACACUGAAGGCAUUCAACAAAGCAGGUUUGUGGUCAGAAGCAGUUUCAAAUGGAAUUUUCGUUGACUUUACAUUGCCUGUUACAGUCACUAUUCCUUAUUUAUCUGAGGAUAUAAGUUCCAUCAAGUCAUCCACCACUGUAUCAAGAUCAAGCAUGAAGACUAAAUGGAAGUUCAUAGAUCCAGAAUCGUCAAUUGAACGUCAGUUCAUUUCCAUUUCAUCACAUUAUCUUGGAGAAUUUCAGACAAACUCAAUUCAGGUUCCAGGAUUACUGCAAGAAUAUAUCUUUACUGAACUCGAUCUUCAUGAUGGCAGCGAAUAUCAAGUCAAAAUAAUUGCCUGUAACCUGGCUGGCCUUUGUACUACUGACAAGACAGUCAAGUUUUUACAUGACAACUCACCACCAAAAACAGGAAUGUUUGCUGUAAAGACAGACCAUGCUGCACGACUUACCAGACAUCAACCUGACUGGAUGACAUGGAGCAAUGAUAAACUUAAUCUAGCCUGGCUCGGAUUUUCAGAUCUUCAUUCCAAAAUCGACCAGUAUACCAUAAGUGUUGGUACAACUCCAUUUGGAACAGAUCUAAAUCAAAAUAAAGAAUUGGCUAAACUUUCACAUACUACAACAGGAGUUGAUAUGGAUGAUGAAGGCUUUGUUCAGUUGUACACUAUUCCCACCAAGGAUCUCAGUGGAAGUUCUUCUGUCUUUGUUGCAGUGUGGGCCGUCAAUAAGGUUGGUUUACAGAGUAACGCUCUUCACAGUGAACUGAAGCUGGUAAAUGGAGGAGCACUGGAACUUGUGAGACGCUGUGAUAUUUUCAGCUGUGUGGGUCACUGUGUGUGUGGAAGUCAGGACAAGACUUGUAAUGCUGUUGGAAGUUGUUCUGAGGAUGGUGGAAAUAGACUAAUACUUGUAAAAGAUGUUACCGACCUCCAUUUUAACUCUUCUUAUGAUGAUCAGCAAUACACAUCAAGUAGCAGUCAUUUAGGAGCGAUGUGGGAAAUUCAACAAGGAGUACCUGUUAAAAGAUAUGAAGUAAGUGUUGGCUUCAGUGACAAGGAUUUACCAGAAGGUGUGUACAACCUUCAGACUGACCAGAUCUGGUUCCAUGUGGGAUUAGCCACGUCUGCUGUUGUCACAAUACCAAGAGGCAACCAACUUCAGUCUAAUACUCGAUACUCUGUGUUUGUCCGUGCUUGGUAUGGUCUUAAUGACUAUGAUAUCUUCAAGUCCAAUGGAGUUGCUGUUAUUGUCAAACCAGCUGGAAUAUCAAACACAAUUGGCAGAGCGGUUAAAGAUCAUUCAAGCAAUGGACAGACCAAGGACACAGACUUCAUUAAUAACAGCAGUGAAGUGUAUGUCAGUUGGAAGGACAACUUUAAACCUGGUUUGUUUGGACUGGCAAAGUAUGGGGUUUACAUCAGCACACGUCCUGGAGGUCACAACAUUCACGAACGUCACAGUGCAUCAACAACAGAAUCCACGUGGUACAGAGUGACUGGAAUGUCUCUCAAGUCUGAACAGAUUUAUUACUCAAACGUGUUAGCCUACAACAGAGCUGGUCUAGUAACCUGGGAUAACUCAGAUGGUUUCUUUGUGGAUAACACAUCACCAGCUGCUGGAAUUGUUAAUGACGGACGAGGUCUUCAUGACACUGAUUUUCAGUCUAACCCCAAAAAUCUAUCUGCAUCCUGGCUUGGCUUCUCUGAUGCUGGAUAUGGUAUUGUGAGCUACACUUGGUGUGCUGGAGACUCCACCGUGCCUACCGAGUGUAACAUCCAUGAAGCACAGAAUGUAGGAUUGCAUACAAUCAUCAGAAAGAAUCUAACAACAGCUCUACCCAAUGGAAAGACCAUUUACCAUAAAGUCUUUUCAUUUGAUGCCUCUGGACAAAGAUCAUCAGUGAGUGUGUCUGAUGGUGUAACUAUUGACUUCACUGCACCAGAGCCUGUUAGUGUUGUCUACUUGGGAGACAAUCUAUUUAACAACCCUUCGUUUGAAACUGACAGUCAGACUCAAACUCCAGAAUGCAACAGUAACAUCCCAUCACCCUGGGAAACAGACUCUGAUUCCUGUGUGAAGCUGAUUUCAGAAGGAUCAUCCAUUGCUCGUCAUGGAAAUAGUCAUGUAGUUGUUAGUGGUCGUAUGUGGCAGACAGUAUCUGCAUUGGUACAAGGCAAAAAAUAUAAAUUGACUGCUCACUUUGGAUAUCCACAUGACAUAUCAGAAAACCAUCCGACAAUAGAGGGCUAUAUUCAGUUUGGGGAUGACAAGAUUUCUUUCAGUUUAGAUCCCAAUCUUUGCAAAGGUAUAUGUGAUGUCGGAAAACAAACAAGCAUUCUUUGGCACAAGUUUACUUACAUUUUAAAGGCUAAAACCACAUCUGUGAAAAUAGCCUUUGAAACAUCUUCAAAUGAAAUCCAGCUGGCAUUGGAUCAUGUGUCAUUAAAUGUAGUUGAACACACAGAAAAGUCGACAUCUCAGGACCAAGAUAACAACAUCACAUCAACAAGCUUGUUUCUGCCCUACUGGGCUUCUAUUCAUACUGUCUGGUAUUUCAAAGAUGACCAAACUCCGAUUACAGACAAUAAAUGGGCAAUAGGUACAGUUCCAGGAGGAACCCAGGUACAGGACUUCCAAAGUGUAGGAGAGCGGACUCAUGGCUUUACUUCAGGAUUAACAUUAACACACAAUACAGAGAUCUACAUCACCGUGGUUGCCACAAACGCUGCAGGACUGAGUAGUGUAUCAACAUCGGGAGCCAUCAAAGUGGAUAUGACACCACCUGUCAUAACUGACGUGAAUGAUGGAGAAGACUUUGAUGCAGAUUUCCAAAAAUCAUCAAGACUGUAUGUCAACUAUAAAGUUUCAGAUGCAGAAUCUGGAGUGGACUACUGUGAAUGGGCUAUAGGAACUGGACCAGGAAUAACCGACCUGAAACCAUUUAAUAAAGUUGAUGCUAGUAACCAGCAUGAUCAUGAUAUUGAUCCUUCUCGUAUCGGCUUAUCUCUGAUGGUGUACAGUACAGUACGCUGCUACAACAAGGCAGGACUGCCAGCUCAGGCUUCUACUGAUGGCAUAAAACUGGUCAAAGAUAAUGUCUCUAACAGCGUCUUGGAAAACAGUUUUACUGUGCUGCCUGCUGGCUCGACCUGCCAGACAUCUACUGACUCAGUUAGCUUCAGAUGGGAAAACCCAGAACCCUUGGAGAAAAUCAAGCAUAUGAUAAUAACCAUGGCGUCUUCAUCUAAUACAGUUAAGAAUAUAAUUCCAACCUAUCUUACUUUUGACCAUGCACACCUGGACAAGCUAAAAUUGCAGCAAAAUACUGAAUACACAUGCAGCCUAACACCGGUGGAUAUGUUGGAGAAAGAGGUGAUGACCGUAUCAAAAAAAAUCAAAACAAUUGGAGAGCCACCAUUAUGGUCAGCUUCGUCCAAAAUAAUUGUCACUCAGUUGGCUGGUGACACAAAAGUACUGUUAUCAUGGAAAGGUGCCGUGACAUCGUCUUGGUCCAACCUGGUGUAUGAAGUAUCACUGGGAACUGUACAGGGAGGAGCUGACAUUCUAAACAAGAAAGUCACUGAUAACACGUAUGAACAGCUGACACUUCCAGCUACGUCACAGGAUCAGGACGUCAACGUCUACCUUACAGUGAUGGCCAUAGAUAAAUGUGGAAGUACUGCAUUGUACAAAGAACAUGUUGUUAUUAAUCCUAAAGAGUUAUAGGUCCAAAGUGCUAAAGACAUAUUUCUUACAUUACAUUAAACAAGUUAACUGCCUUUAAAUUGUUAUACAUUUGAUAUGUAAACAUUUGAAUGUCUAAUUUCCUUCAUCCAGAAUUGCAAUGUUUCUAAAAUUAGUGAAAGUGAUAAAACUGUUUACGUAAAUAACGUGUACUUACCUUGAAAUACUUAGUUUUCAUAGAAUUCAUUGCAAAUGACUGAGAACUACAAAAGCAGAAUAUUAAAAACAUUAUUUCACAAUCAGUACUAUUUCACAAAGUGAUAUUUCACAGAACAAUGUCCUUUGUAUCUAUUAUAUUUGAAAAUCCUGUCUUUUAAAUUAAACUAGCUACAUCUAUGAUUUUAUUCUUUAGCAUAUAUUAAAGACAGCAGAUAUGAACGGGAGUUCAUGAAAUAUUGUUAUUCUGUAAAUUACAUGAAUUCUCUGUGUUUUUAUAAGAUUGUUUUAUGCACUUGCUGAGUGUUAAUUUAACACAGAUUACAUUUCGUUAACGUUAUAUUUGCUUUUGCAUUUAUAUGUGUAUAAUCCUAUUUUAUUCAUUUGAUUAUUGAAAUAAAUAAAUAUGUAAUGCAUCUUUUUACCACAGGAACAUGACAUGUUUAUAAUUAUUUUGUUAUUGGGUUUUGUUUUGGUAAAUCAAUAUUAAAUUCCUUUAUGGUGCUGUUUUAUUAGGGCAAUUGACAGGGAAGGGAUACACCCAGAAUACCCUCUCCACCCGACUAGCUACUAUCGAAACAAACAUAAAAUUAAUACUUUGCAAUGUGGUGUUUUUAUAAGUUUUUAAAGUUAGAAACUUGGGAAAGGAUAUGAAUAUUACUAUAAAGGGAAAUAAUUUCACCUGAAACAAAUCACUUGAAAUUCGAGAAUUGAUAAUUUGAACGCGAAUGUAAUACCCCGCAAUAUUUCCCUUCAUUAGAGAAAGGUCAGUGAUGUCUCAUGGCCAAAACAUUGUAUCAUCAUUCAGGUACUGGACAUAAUGUUAAUGUUGCCCUAUUUUGAGUUUCCUCUCCAAAUGAAAGAAUGACUCACGUGACUUCCUUGGGCUAAAGGUAAAUUUGUGGAAAUCAGGAAUGGCUGAUUGCUCAGUAUUGAAAUUAAUGUAAGUUGUUGAUGUUAUAACAGUAAACAUAUACCAGUAUACUUCCAUAGUUAACCGAUCGUGACUGGUCCAUGAUGAUUAAUUAAUAGUAUAUCCAAUAAAAUUCAUUUACAUUUUGCAUCAUGUAAUUUGGAAGGCCCUACAUAUAUACUGAGUCAAAUUAAAAACUUCACAAACGUUUCAUCUUGGCUAAUGAGCAAAUAUGACAGAAGAACGUGUUAAAUAAGUUUUUUUUUUUAUUGUAUGACGUCCAAAGAAAGAAUAGGAAUAAAUGUUGAGUCAAAAAUCUGUUCGAUGCGCCAAAACCACUAACAGUCAAAAUGGUAAUUCAUAAGCAGGGUCGUCUGAUGAAAUCGCAGGUUCAGUAGCGUGUAUGCCCUCCAUGUGUACCCACAACUGCAAGGCAACGCCACUUCAUCGACUGCCUGAUGCAUGUAAAGACUGCAUGAGAGAUACGGCGCCAUUGUUCCACUAAUGAGGCACCAAGCUCCUGCAAAGUCUGUGGAGGGUCCCUGAGAGUGCCAGCACAUCCCAUACAUGCUUGAUGGGAUUCAGGUCGGGCGACCUUGAAGGCCAAUCCAUGACAUUGAUGCCCGCCUCCUCAGGUAAUCCCUUGACAAGAUGGCCUAUGGGGUCUGGCGUUGUCAUGCUGAAAGAUUAGACCUGGACCAUGAGCUGCCACGAAGGGCACAAGAUCCUGGGCCAGCACCUGGUCGCGGUAUGCAGCAGCGUUGAGGUUGCCACGGAUGAAAAGAAGUCGAGAACGUCCAUUUUCACAUAAAGCACCACAAACCAUGACACUUCCGCCUCCGAAUCUGUCAACUUCAUUGACACAACACUGAGCAUGACGUUCACCACGUCGUCUCCAAACCCUCUGCCUGCCAUCGAUUGCAACCCAACGCCCUUACAACGUCAGCUACUGACAUGCCUGCGUGCAACAUACCGACGGUACGUUAACACUGCACAUUUGUGAGGCGUGGCAUCGAAACAAGUUGUAACAAACAUCGUUUUAAUGUGGGGGUUUUCGUUGUGUCAGACUUCUGUGAGCAAGUAACGAUGAAAACACGUGUGCAUUUGUAGUCACGUGACCAGUGGCACGUGCAAAACUAUUUUUGCCUCAAUGGUGCUGUGCACAUGCUAUGGAUCGGGUCACAUGGGCUGUGAUGGGCUUCAAAUGGAGUGUGGAAAUUGCCAUUACAAUAUUUAUUCCUAAAAAAUACCCGCUUUCAACACUCAUUGACUUAUUCAAAUUUUAGAUUGUGAAGUUUUUUUCUCUUUUCACUGCUGGUGUCAUUGUGAAUGUAAUUCCCGCAAAAUCACCAGUUGGAGGCAGAAAUGGCAAAAUAUUAACGCGUGAAAAUAUUUCCCUUUACGGUAGAGUGUAGAAACAUCAUUUGACAUAGUUAUUUAGCUGCUUCUGAGAUGGGUUUUAGUAGUAAACCGUUGUUCUAUAACAGGUUUUUUUCUGUGGUGAAAGGUUAUUUUGUAAGCAAACUAUUUUAUCAAUACAUUUUAUUUUCUAGC